AAAUAAAUUCUUCCAGCACCAUCCGCAGAAAUGGAAUCGUUCAUCCGUGGAAGUUGUGAAACGAUGUGUCCCAAGUCGGAGAUUGAAAUGCGCACCCGGGAGCGGAUGCUGCACUUCUACGAAUUGAAACCGGGUAGCAGGACAGAGCCAAUCGAGCGGCUCGUCGUGAAGGAAUUUGCCCGUUCGGCUGCGGGAGUGAAACGACCGAAGCACUGGGAGAUCCGAACGGUCAAGGCACUGAUACGAACGGUCGAGUACCUGCUGACUGAAAUCCUCAAAGACGACCGCCGUCCGUACGCCUUCCGAUACGAAUUCAUCUUUGACCGCCUGAGGGCGGUCCGCCAAGAAGUGGUCAUGCAAAACCUAGCCGCCGAAGAGACCCUCGACAUUGUGGAGCCGAUAGUCUGCUUCCUAGCGUACAGCGCCUACCAUCUCUGCGAGUCCCACAUCAGCGAAUUCGACCCGAAAAUUUGCACUUCCCAUCUACAGGAAUGCUUGAAAAAAGUUCUCCGCUGCUACGACGAUCUGGACGAAGAAACCAAGUCCUACGACCUGAAUCGAAGAAUCAGGAUGGAAGCACUCUACCUGUCGUUCAAUCUCGGAAGCUCUGAAGCCCUCUCCCGCGGAAUAAACCUCCCGAAAGAGGUUCGGAAAAAUCUCAACCCACAUAUCACCCUUAACAUCGAAUACCUCCGGCACAAUUUCCACCGAGUGCUCCAAACCUUGCAGCAGCUCUCACCCCUGGAAGCAGCCCUUGCCGCACUGCGGCUACCAGAAAUCCGACGACAGCUACUGCUCCGCUUCUCGUCCGCCUUCCAGAGUAAGGUUCUAACCGUUCCACUCGAGUGGAUCGGUCACGUUCUGCUGUACCAGCGCCCUGAGCAGCCGGCACUGAUCGAAGACUGCCAGCACUACAACCUUCAGGUAGAAUCUGAUGACAAAUCAACCGAAGCGCCAUCACCGAAGACGAAAGAUGCCUGGUGGGACGAUGACGAGGGUGACAGCACUGCCAGUAGCGAACUCAGCGGGUGGUCGGUGAAAUUUGAGAAGGUCCGGUUCGAUUCCAGCAAACCGACGGUUCAACCGCGGCGGGUGGAGUUUGUUGAUCGGAAGUUGAGUGCGGUGCCGUCGAUCUCGGAUAUGCUACUGACCGGAAAGUGUUGAGCUGUUCGAUGGAGAUAGGACUUCGAAGGGUGGUUAGCCCGGAAAGCAUUGAUCUCAACCGUUGCGCAGGGUAGAUGUUUUUCUUUGCAUGAUCACAAGGGAAUUUGUGAUAUGAGUGGUUAUUUUUAAUGCGAUUUAAAUAGAGAAGAAGUUAUUUAACAAUAUUUUUUUUCAUCGUGACCAAUCUAUUGCAAACGAAAGUAAUGAAGAAGGCCCUAGU